CUGCACGCCGCCUACCGCGCGCUCGUGCUCGCCGUGACGGUGGCCUACCUGCUGCAGGAGUGCGUGUUCGCGUACCAGGAGCGCAACGACAUGGCGAAGUUCUCGCGAGUUAUGUUCCUGCUGCUCUGCCACAUCACCUCCAUCGCCAAGCAAAUCGUGUUUCACUACGACGCAGACCGGAUACAAGACAUGAUUCAGAGCUUGAACGACCCCGUGUACAACGGCCCGGAGGCGAGCGCGCAGGCCCUGCUGCGGCGCACGGCGCACGGCGCGCGCCUGCUCCUGCGCGCGUACGCCGGCUGCGCCGUGCUCACGUGCACGCUGUGGCUGCUGUUCCCCGUCCUGCGCCGCAUCGCCGGACACUCCGUCGAGUUCCCCUUCUGGACCGGCCUGCAGACCGAUCCGCCGCUCGUAUUCGUUUUGGUACUGCUGUACUCAUUCUACGUUACGACGUUGGUCGGUAUCGCCAAUACGACGAUGGACGCGCUGAUAGCCACAAUUUUGUAUCAAUGCCAAACGCAGAUUAGAAUUUUGAGUAAUAAUUUUCAAGCUCUCCCAGAAAGGGCUAAGUGUGUGAGCGACGAAACUGGAGAACAAUACGAGGUCGCCCUGAUGUCGCUGCUAGUGAAAUAUUUCCAGCACUACAGACGAGUGGCUCAGACUGCGAAGUUGCUGCAGGAUAUCUUUGGAAAUGCUAUGUUGGUGCAGUUCGGAAUCGGUGGCUGGAUUCUUUGCAUGGCUGCUUAUAAGAUUGCCAGCCUAAACGUACUGAGCAUUGAGUUCGCGUCGAUGACCCUGUUCAUCCUGUGCAUCCUGACGGAGCUAUUUCUGUACUGCUACUACGGGAACGAGCUCACGGUAGAGAGCGACCGCGUCGCGAGCGCGGUGUACAGCAUGCAGUGGGCGCGCGCGCCGCCGCGCUUCCGCCGCCGGCUCGUGCUGCUGAUGCAGUUCGUGCGCCGCCCGCUGCGCCCCGCCGCCGGCCGCGUCAUACCGCUCUCGCUAGACACAUUCGUCAAGAUUCUUAAGUCAUCUUACACAUUCUACGCCGUCCUGCGACAGACUAAGUAA